CCUGAAUGCAGCAAUGGAGGCAGCUGCGCAGACUGAGGGAACACAGAGCACGCCUCUGCCAGCGAGCUACAGUGUGUCAACAGGCGCUAGAAUGUCGGGUAAGAGUUUCCGAGUCAGCGACGGGGACUGGAUUUGUCCCGAUAAAAAGUGUGGAAAUGUGAAUUUUGCAAGAAGAACUAGUUGUAACAGAUGUGGCAGGGAGAAAACCACAGAGGCAAAGAUGAUGAAAGCAGGAGGAACAGAGAUUGGGAAAACCCUGGCUGAGAAGAGCAGAGGCCUCUUCAGUGCAAAUGAUUGGCAAUGCAAAACGUGUGGCAAUGUGAACUGGGCUAGACGGUCAGAGUGCAACAUGUGUAACACACCCAAAUAUGCCAAGUUGGAAGAGAGAACAGGUUAUGGUGGAGGUUUCAAUGAAAGGGAAAAUGUAGAAUACAUUGAACGAGAGGAAUCAGAUGGUGAAUAUGAUGAGUUUGGAAGGAAAAAGAAAAAGUAUCGUGGGAAGACCAACAGCACAUCUUCCUCAAAAAGUGAAAAGAAAGAGGUCCCAAAAGUGGCGAAGGAGGAAGAUGAAGAAGAAGAGGAGGAGGAAGAUGGUGACGUGUCAAAGUACAAAUUGGAUGAUGAAGACGACGAAGACGACGAAGAUGGAGACCUGUCAAAGUAUGACCUAGAUGCCAGUGAUGAAGAAGACAAGCCAGCCAAGAAAAAGGGAAGCUCGGGAUCGUCCCGCUCAUCCUCACGCUCCUCCAGCUCCAGUUCUCGGUCGAGGUCCAGGUCCCGCUCUAGAAGCUCAUCCAGUUCCAGAUCUGGAUCUCGCUCCAGGUCCCACUCCAGAUCCAGCUCCAGGUCUGGAAAGGGCUCCUCUCCCAGGAAGAGGUCCCGCUCACCCUCCUCCUCACCCGAGAGGGGACAGAAACGCAGCCGCUCCAGGUCUUCAUCUGGAGGGAGAAAACGGAGGCGCUCUAGAUCACAUUCGUCCGAAAGGCGCAGCGGCCAUUCCUCUGGAUCCUCCCAUUCUGGCUCCAGUUCAAAAAAGGCAUAACUUUAUUAGAGCCUGUCAAUCCAAUAACAAAAGGAAAAUUAAAAACAAGUGCAUGUUGUGUUAUAAAAUAGCGACCACAUCCAAUGACUAUGCUGUUCAUUCUCACAGAACCUGCAAAGUCUUAUUUCCCUUAAAAGAACGACGGCAGCAUCAUGAUUCUCUCAGCUCGUUACGUGCUCUCUUUGAAACCAGAUACAACCCCGAAUCUGUGACAAGUGUCAGUAACUGUAGGUGUCCACUAAACAUACGUACGUGUAUGGUCUAAUGAGGCUGUAUCUUAUUUCCCAUCCAUUCUGCUUUAAUUCUACUCAACUGGAGAGAACUAAGUAAGCCAUUGGCCCAUGGAAACAUCUGAGAUUGUUAUUCUUUUUAAAAAGCAGCUAUUUUUUUUUGAUUAAUUAAGGGUGGAUUACAUUAGCACCAAUUUAAAAUAUCAGAUGUAGCAAUGAAUUUUGGCCUGUUCUAUUGUUAAUGGUUUUUAUAAAAUGUAUUUGCUUUUGCAUUUUCAAGGUAAGUAUUUUCCUUUGAUAUUGCUUGUUUUUUUGGGUUUUUUUAUUAACGCAGUAGGUUCAAAAUUCUUAAAAUGAUAUGUGCGUCUGAGUAAAUGUAUGAUUUAUUUUCUUUUGUCUAACACGAUUGAGACCUAAAGACAGUUCAGUUAUUCAUAUACGUUUUCACGUGGGAAAUCAACUGAAAUAGACAUUUUUGCUCCAGAUCAGUGCAAACAUUACAAAAGUAACAGCCGCAUGUCCUGUUAAUGGUAGAAUGUCAAUUCUUUCUUAUCAUGGUAAUGGUGGAACAUCUAAAGAAGACAUGUAAAUAAAAUCCUGUUGACCCUG